GAGCGGCCGCAGCACCUUCCCGCGCCCCGGGCCGGGGUGCGAGCAUCUGUCUCUGAGCGGCCGCGGCACCUUCCCGGGCCGGGCUGCGAGCGUUCGUCUCUGAGCGGCCGCGGCACCUUCCCGGGCCGGGCUGCGAGCGUUCGUCUCUGAGCGGCCGCGGCACCUUCCCGGGCCGGGCUGCGAGCGUUCGUCUCUGAGCGGCCGCGGCACCUUCCCGGGCCGGGCUGCGAGCGUUCGUCUCUGAGCGGCCGCGGCACCUUCCCGCGCCCCGAGCUGGGGGCGGAGCGUUCGCCGCAAGUGUCACGUGGCCGGAGUGGGCGGGGACAGCCUCGCGUCGCGCUCGGCGCCCGCGCGCUGCCCCCCCGGAAGCGGCUCCUGCCGCCGCCGCUUCCGCUUCCCGGCGCGAUCCGCUGGGGCUGCGCGGCCGGCGGGACGGGAGGCGCCAUGGCUGGCAUCAAAGCCCUCAUUAGCCUGUCCUUCGGGGGAGCAGUCGGACUGAUGUUCUUGAUGCUUGGAUGUGCCCUUCCCCAAUACAACCAGUACUGGCCACUGUUUGUUCUGUUUUUUUACAUUCUUUCUCCUAUCCCGUACUGCAUAGCAAGAAGAUUAGUAGAUGACACAGAUGCUACAAGUAAUGCCUGCAAGGAGCUAGCAAUAUUUCUUACAACAGGCAUUGUUGUCUCAGCAUUUGGGCUACCGAUAGUGUUUGCAAGAGCACAACUGAUUUACUGGGGCGCAUGUGCACUCGUUCUUACGGGGAAUACAGUCAUCUUUGCCACAAUCCUAGGAUUUUUCUUGGUCUUUGGCAGCAAUGACGACUUCAGCUGGCAGCAGUGGUGAAAGCAAAGUAAGAGAACUAUCACAGGCAUUUUGUCAUGCAGUGGCCAUCCAUACAAAUGAGAGAAUGGGCAAUAAAGAGAAGUAGCAUAGCAAGCCUCUUGAGCAUUCUAGAUACUCCUUUUCACCGUGUUCGUUCUGAGUGUACUGCUGUUGCUGACAGGGUUUCUACAUUUUCAUGGGGUGGAGAGAUGACUGAUUUUAUUUUUACCUAUGAUAUGUUUUUAGGUGCUCUCUUGGUUUAAAACUGUCAUACUGUGAGGUGUUUAUGUGAAGCUUUAAAUUUGGAACAAGACCAUCUAAACGUGGUUUCAAAGAAGUUUUAAAGUUGAGGGUUUUUUGGUUUUGUUUUGUUACUUUUAAGUUAAGCAUUAAUAGUAUGUUUCAGAACAAGUUUUUAUAUAGUGAUUACAGGCUGAAUGGGGGUAGGAGAUUGCACCACCAUUGUCAAUUACUGGAUCGUUGCUACAUUUUAGUAAAGGCAAGGCAGGGUGGGGAGUACCAGUUGUGUUUUUUUCUUCUGCCCAUACCUCAGACUGGGUAAUGAAUGUUGAUAGCCUUCAUUUCAGGAGAAGGCUGAGGAGCAGGUACAGUUAUUUGGAAGAAGUCCUAAAUUUUAACAUAGCUAGCAUUUUCACCUGUGUUAUCAGUCCUUGUGUGGAUGUGACAUUCAAAUAAUCUGUAAAUGUACUGAUGCUACAACAUAGAAAACCCAAGUGUAUUGUAGGGGAAAGGAGAAUGAUGUUUAAAUUCCAUUUAAAAAACCAAAACCCUAUCUUUUGAACUCUUUCUAUUUAUAAAUGUUGUAUGGUUUUGAACUUUAAAGUCAACUUUUUACCACAAAGAUGGUAAAAAGUUCACGUAUGGAACUACUGGUCUGUGUUAAUUUGAAGCAUAUACAAAGCUAUCUCCUCCUUUCCCUUUUUAAUUUAUUUUAUACAUAGUAUAUAUAAUAAAACAGCUUUUCAAAUGUAGAUUAAAACUUUGUGUUAAACUUGCCUAAGAAUGAUUUUUAUUAUUCCCCUUUUCCUCUCCCCUCCCUCCAGUGCAGCUGAGGCAUGACUAUUUUGGAAGUCAUUGGCUGAACUGAUUUCACUGACUGUUUCUAAGUUCUUAUGCACUGUCUUUUAGUAAAAUCUAAUGUUCUGGCUGUAACUGUAGCUUGUGUUCCGUAAGAUUGCACAUGUAGCUUCAAAUAUUUAAGACAACUUUUCUGCAUACCUCUCAAUUGUUUGGAUUUUUUAUUUGAAGAAGUCUGCCAUUGGACAUUCUGUCAUGAGACAGUUGUUGAGUGCCAGUUAACCAGUUUUGAUUGUACCAUAUGCAGUGAUAAAUUUGACCAAGCAUACUUGUAAACUACAUUUUUGUUCAAUUCUUUAAACAAAAGUCUAGGAAACUUACUGUACAUAAUUAAAACAUGAUGAUUGUUUUGGUUUUGUUUAACAGUGGGGCAGUAUGAAUAUUGCAGAUUCUGGCUGUAGUAUUUGUGUGCACAUGUCUAAGGCUUGACUGAAGUCUGAUAGCAGUGGUAGUUACUUACAUGGUACGCUCCAUGGAACUAAUACCUGCAGUUAGGGGCAGCAGGGUUGUAGCUACGUGUACACAGUUUUAAUGCUGACCAAUCUAUAAAAUAAGCUCUGUUUUAUCUGUGCCAGUAGAGGCCCCAAGAUCCUAGUGCAGAAGCCAGUUCAUAGGAGAUGGUGCUUCAGACGUAAGUUAGCACUUUACUGGCCUGGCUGCAAUGGUGACAUUCGGAGGUGCAAGAAGGCUGUAGAAUCAGUUGUUUUCAUCAUUUUUCUGACUGAAACUUCUCUGUUCCCAUCCCCAGCACAAUGGAUGUUUCAGAAACUCUUCCAAACCAAUGGCUAGAUUUAGAGUCUUCUGCAUCUUUUGUAAAGGAGGAACGUGUAGGGGUAGGGCUCGUACAAAUCUGAAUCUGCUACCAACUCCUUUUUUCUGGUCAGGAACUGUGUUUUGUUUUGUAUUCCUGUGCCGCUAAGCCUACUUCUCCGUGUGAUGCUGCUGUCUGGAUCACUGGUCAUAGAGCUGACUUUGUAUGCGUUGACAAUGCAGGUUUUGUAUGUUAAUUACAUUACAAUGUUAUCUUUUUUUGCUUGCACAUUGUGUGCAUACGCUCGCUUUAAUUGAGCGACAUCACUUGAGGGGUAUGAUCCUUCCCUAUAUUAUGCACUGAGGUAGCGUUACCAUCCUUACAGAGGGGGGAAAAACUUUGAACGGUGAUUUUUGAAUAGCAAUCUUGAGUUUUGUCUGUUUGAUCAAAAAUACUCUAAUAAAAAAAGAGUAUUUUGUUUAAAGUA